GGUAUUUUUCGCAGAGCCUAUUUGGUGCACAAGCACCGGUUGCCAAUAUAAUUAUAAUUACUUUUACCCGAAUAAAACAAGCAAAUCGAAGGCUUUCGAACACCCCAAGUGGCUAAUAAUAAACGCCAGAGAGUGGCGCACAUCCGCCAAUUGAUCAAGAACCAGCGAGGGAUACACGGCGGAAAAGCGAGGAAAACACGGCGGGACAAUGGACCUGCUUGAUUCGAUACUCAAUGCCAUGGAUGCACCGCCUGCCAACAACGAGCAGCAAAAGACGCUGAUCAAGAAACAGCGCGAAAUGAUGGAGCGCAUGCAAAACAAACAAAAGGAGGAGCUUCUCCGUUUUCGAAAAUAUGUGGACGAACGGAUGGCGCGUUUUGCCAAGGACGACAGACAGUGCAUCGAAUUCCAGCCGCUGGACAAGGUGCAUCGCUCUGUUAUCCACGAGAUAGCUGAAAAUGGCGGUUUUAUUGCCAUGAGCUUUGGCCGCGAGGAUGUGGACCGACAUUCAGUUGUGUAUAAAAAGGAGCACGCUCCUGGCGAAGAUGAGGUCACGGCCAGGCGAAAUGGUGACGGCUGGAAUGCGGAAAUAGCAAAGGAGUAUGCGGAACGAAGACGAGAGCGGCUAGCGCAAGAACAAAGCGACAAGGAAGCCUCCACUUCCGAAGCGGCAAACUGCGCAUCUUCAUCCGCGGCUGGGGAUCAGGACACCGGCGAAAUUAAACCCACGACCAACUACAAGGCCAAAUAUGCCCACCUCAUUGGAGAGUCGGCCGCACUGCAGGCGGCCCGCAAAACGGAGACCAACCAAAGCUACGGGUUUGUUCCCAGCAAAAACAAGAAGGACAUGCGCUCCAUCGAACAAACGUUGGCCGACAUCCAAGCCAAAAAACGCCUACGACUGGCGCAGCAACAGGAACUUGAGCAGGAACAGGAGCACCAACAGGAGGCAACCACAUCCUCAGGGGACCCAUGAGUCGGCUGGGACACAAUUAGUAUACAGAUAGCUCACUUAAUGCAAGACUGUCGUAACCCAAAAUAUUUGAUUAUACUCUAUAAGGGCUCCAUAAACCCUUGCGCAUAAAUUCAGAAGCAAGCAUCGUUUUCUCGUUUAUUAACUGGAGAAUUCCACACCGCCACACAUGUUACAGAUUAUACAUUUUCGAUUACAGUAAUUGUAUUUAGAAGGAGGAAAAAGAUUCAAAACCUUCUCUUGUUUAUACCAAUCGAAUUCUUGUCCCCGGAAUCGCCUUAUUUUUUGAGUUUAUGACAGCCUUGUAUUGAGUGAGAUUAGUUUUGUUGAUUCAGAUUAGUCACAUGCAAGGUCACCGACUGCCAUGUAAAUCAUAAGUAAUAAGCAAUUUAAUUUGUUGGCCAAUUAGGAUGCGAGAGUUAGAAGUGUUUAGAACAAGUUAUGUAUCCGCAAAAGCGUCCGAAUCGCAAUAUCUAUUUAUAUAAUAAAAAUAUAGAAAAAAAACUGACGAAUUCAAAUUAAUCUUGAAAAUGCGGCGCCAUCACAAGUGGCACUAAAAAAUACAUAACAUUCCACGUUCAGUAUUUUAUUCCUAAUCACUUCACAACACGGUGAGACAGUCACAAGCUGAGGAAGGCCGAAAAACGCUCCACGUGUUUUAGAGCUAGCAGAACAAAAUUAAAAUAAAAAAUGAUUUCCAAGAGAAAACUUCGUACAAUUCUAUCAAAUUACAAAGACCAAGCCUUAUAUGGUAGCUGAUAAUUAAAACCAAGCUGAGAGAUGUUCCCUUUUGGAAAUACAACACUUUCGCUGAGCAGCGUGGGAACUUUGACCUAAGGAGUCCCAAUUUGAGACUUCUGUGGACCAUGUGGCAUAUUUAAACGAUACAAUGUGUGCCUUACCUUACACAGCAACCUCAAAGUUGGUAAUUUCUCAUAACAGCCGUAACCUAUGAUGGAAAGGACUCUUUCAUAUAUAUACAAUGUGUGCCUUACCUUACACAGCAACCUCAAAGUUGGUAAUUUCUCAUAACAGCCGUAACCUAUGAUGGAAAGGACUCUUUCAUAUAUAUACAAUGUGUGCCUUACCUUACACAGCAACCUCAAAGUUGGUAAUUUCUCAUAACAGCCGUAACCUAUGAUGGAAAGGACUCUUUCAUAUAUGGCCCAGCUGAACUAUAAGAAAUUUGGAGGCGUCUUCACAAAUGUAAUACAAUUUGAAAAAAAUAAACAAUUAAUAUAAGAAAU